AUGCCCCUCGGCAUCCUGUGCGAGCUGCUGGAGCCCAUCACGGUGCCUGCCGCAUCGCCCGACGCCAGGUUCACGAACUGGGGACAGACGUUCAGCUGCAGUCCACUGGGUGUGUUUGAGCCGCGCACUGAAUACGAGUGCGAGCUUGUGCUUGAGCUUGCACGACGGGAGGACAAGGUGGUGCGGGCUGUGGGGAUUGGGCACAGUCCAAGUGAUCUUGCGUGCACGAGCGGCUAUAUGCUGCGAACGACCAAACUCGACAGACUGGUCGAUGCCGAAAAACACUAUGUCGUCGCACAGGCCGGCAUCACCCUCCAGGACCUCCAUGCCGAGCUGGCACGCCAUAAUCUCGCCAUGAUCAACGUCGGCUCAAUCUCCGACCAAACUCUCGCCGGCAUCAUCACCACCGCCACCCACGGCACGGGUAUCGACUACGGCGUCAUCUCGACCCACGUGAUCGCCCUCUCCCUUCUGCUCGCAAACGGCGAACGUGUCCAGUGCUCACGGCACGAACGGCCCGAUCUCUUCACCGCCUCCAUAUGCGGGCUCGGCUCCACCGGCCUCAUCCUCACCAUCACCCUCAACGUCGAACCCGCCUUUCGUCUCAAGGAGCUCCAGCAGUCCAUCCCCUUCGACGACUGCAUCACAAAUCUUCAUUCUCUCGUCCAUGCUGCAGAACAUGUGCGCUUUUGGUGGUUCGUCUCCGCUGGCAUCAUGCGCAUCAGUUCCGCAAAUCGCACUCAAGAGCCCCCAAAACCAGUGGCUAGCUGGCUCUGGCACUCCUUCUUCGGAUUCCAUGUCAUCCAACUAUUUCUCUUCAUCGGUCGCUAUUUCUUGUUCUUGAACACCUCGAUAGGUCGCUUUGCUGCCUGGCUCGUCAGCGACAACGUUACAGCCAUAGACGAUAGUUUUCGCAUUUUUAAUCUAGACUGCAGAUAUCCUCAACAUACCACCGAAUGGGCUAUUCCUUACCAGAACACACGAGCAUGUCUACUAGAACUUCAAGCAUGGUUUUCGCACGAAUAUGCCGAUCCAAACGGCCUCCGUCCUCACUUUCCGGUUGAGGUCCGUUUCUCUGACGUUGAUGACAUAUGGUUGAGCCCUAGCAACGGUCAGAAGACCUGUUGGAUCGGCAUUGUCCAGUACAAACCAUAUGGGUUUGAAGUGCCAUACAGGAAGCUUUUCGAGCGAUUUGAGACCAUUCUCUUUCGUCACGGCGGCCGUCCUCACUGGGCAAAGGCGCACGGUCUACGGCCAGACACGCUCCGUACAUUGUAUCCGCGAUUCGAUGAUUUCAUCCGUGUUCUCGAUCAAGUUGAUCCUCGUGGGUUGUUUCGGAAUGAGUAUGUCCAGCGGCAUAUAUUUGGCAAAACAGGACCAGAGGUCGAUGCGAGGGUGUUCAAACGCUAUGUUCGUUCAUAA